AUGUCAUCUUCAUCGCCGAAAGAAUCUCCACCUUCAAAUUCGUCGUCACCUCCUCCACCAUCAAGCUCGUCAUCUUCAUCACCAUCUCCGUCUAGCCACGAUUCUCCAUCUGCGCCACCUCCAUCAAAACACAGCUCACCACCUCCACACUCUAAUGAUAGUUCCCUGCCUCCUUCUAACAACGACAACAACAACAAUAAUAACAAAAAAACUCCUCCCCCGUCAAACUCAAGCUCUUCAGGGGGCAAAGAUGGAGAUUCAUCAUCUCCACAUCCUCCUCCACCACCGCCUUUACAACAGCACCCCAACACUCCAAGACUUCCUCCUUCAAGACACGAGUCAUCACAAUCAUCAAAUUCACCAUCAAAUGACGACUCGUCCAUAAAUGAGAAAGCCAUCAUAGGCGGAGCAGUUGGAGGAGCUGCAUUAUUGCUUAUCAUUAUGAUUAUCUUCUUAGUGUCUUGUUGUAGGAGGAAGAAACGAAAGUCCCAUGAUCACAUUCACUACUACAGAGACGAAUCUCAUGGAAAUAGAAAUAAUGACUACUAUGACAGCGGACCUGGUUUCUCGGGUCCACACCAAGCUGCCUUGCCACCACCGCCCCAACCUUCCAUUCCCCUUGGCUUCAACCAAAGCAGCUUUACUUACAAUGACUUAGCAGCCGCAACUGAUAAUUUUGCACAAUCUAAUAUGUUGGGACAGGGCGGAUUUGGUUACGUGCAUAAAGGGGCGUUGCCAAAUGGUAAAGAAGUUGCAGUCAAGAGCUUGAAAUCUAAUAGUGGGCAAGGAGAAAGGGAGUUUCAAGCCGAGGUAGAUAUUAUUAGCCGUGUCCAUCAUCGGCACCUCGUGUCUCUUGUCGGUUAUUGCAUCGCGGGAUCUCAAAGAAUGUUGGUUUAUGAAUUUGUUGACAAUGGUACUCUUGAAUUUCACCUUCAUGGAGCUAAUCGCCCAGUUAUGGACUGGUCUACAAGGCUUAAAAUUGCAUUGGGAUCGGCCAAAGGAUUUGCUUACCUUCAUGAAGAUUGUCAUCCUCGUAUUAUCCACAGAGACAUCAAAGCUGCAAACAUUUUGCUCGAUAGUCAUGGUGAAGCCCAGGUGGCUGAUUUUGGAUUGGCUAAACUUUCUAAUGACAACAACACGCACGUUUCAACUCGCAUAAUGGGAACUUUUGGGUACUUGGCACCUGAAUAUGCCUCAAGUGGGAAGCUUACGGAAAAAUCUGAUGUAUACUCGUACGGGAUUGUGUUAUUAGAACUCAUAACUGGACGACGUCCCGUGGAUAUCCAUAGAGAUGAUGAUGAAGACAACUUAGUUGAUUGGGCACGGCCUAUUCUAACGCAAGUAACAGAGGGAGGAAGCUACGAGGCGUUGGUGGAUCCACGGUUGGAGAACAAUUAUGAUCCUCAUGAAAUGUUGCGGAUGGUGACAUGUGCGGGUGCAUGUAUUCGGCAUUCUGCAAGGGGACGCCCCAAAAUGAGCGAGAUUGUACGUGCUUUGGAAGGUGACGUGUCUUUAGAGGACCUAAAUGAAGGGGUGAAGGCAGGGUAUAGAGGACUGAAUGGCUCGAGUGGCAGUUCUGCGUACGAAAGUGGUUCAUUUUCGGAUUUGAAAAAAAUUAGAAAGACAGGUCUCGAGCACGACCAGACUUCCCGACCACUUGCCCCUUCAAGUGCUGAAACAUCCAUAGCACUCCUCGGGAAGCACGAGACAGUACUCCUCGGGAUUCAGUUCGAGCAGUUCGCGUUUCUUAUCCUCGAGCUUUAUACAGCGAGAACGUUCCUCGAAUUUUCAACGAUCAUUCGCUAUAGAACGACUCCUCGAGGACGUCUUUCUCCUCGAACGUCACCCUCAAUAUUCCCAUUAAUGUGGAUUAUUCAGUAA